CCAGUAUACCGGUGCCUGUUGAGGAUAAGGUCACCGACUCCCUUCUCUAUCUUCCCAACGCUGCUGCUUUCCCCUCGCUUCUUUGCUCCAGGCAGGGCAAUGGCGGCUCUAGCGACCUUAACCUUCGGCCCGUGCGCCGGCUACGUCGCGAAAUCAGCUAGCAAAGGCUCAUCGCCUCGGCGACUUCCGCUGCUCUUCCCUCCCAAAGCCUCCCAUCUCGAAGAGCGCGGCGGAGGAGACUGCAGUCGCCGUUUUCGCCAAGAAAGGCUUCGCCUUUCCUCGGUUCCUUUUGUCAGAGCUGUGGCCGUGGACUCCGAUGAGAUCGGUUCGUCUGACCCUGCCCAAGAGGAAAAAACAAGGAGGUACUACUUUGCAGUGGCCAAUGCAAAGUUCAUGCUUGAUGAGGAGGAACAUUUCAAAGAACUAUUGUUCGAGAGGCGCCGGUGCUUUGGGGAGCGCAACAGGGAGCUGGAUUUCUGGCUUGUUGUCGAACCCAAAUUCUUGGACAAGUUUCCUACCAUUACCAAGCGAUUGAACAGACCGGCUGUAGCUCUCGUCUCCACUGAUCGACGCUGGAUGACGUUCAUGAAACUGAGACUGGACAGGGUUUUAACAGACAGCUUCGAGGCAGACACACUAGAGGAAGCCCUGGCCUACAACCCAGUCGAUCUAACUUUCGACAAGCCGGAGAAAUGGACCGCACCAUAUCCGAAAUACGAGUUCGGAUGGUGGGAACCCUUUUUGCCAUCAGGAUCCAGCAAAAGCUCUCCAUAGUCAUUUUACUCUCAAAUUUCUGCUUUUCGAUUAGUUAUUAUAGCUGGUGGAAUUUGUCACCAAUAUGUAAUCCGUUUGAGUUUGUACUUAAACGUUGUUUCAACUUCAUGACAGCAUUGUUAUCGCGAUUCUUUGCUGUUGUUAAUAGAUAAUAAUACUUUUGCAUA